AGUUUAACCCUGUAACCGGCGAGCCUGCCUUUAGACGGUGUAUAAUUAAUAUGUUGCUAUGCAGCUCUUAUAUUUCAAAUCUCUAUUCCAACGGUAAAUAUCAGCAGACAACAACACAAUUCUCUUAUUGAAACAAAUUACAGUAAGCAUUAGUCAUUUGAUUGCAAAUCGUUGAGUGCUAAAGUCAAUUUUUUGACAAAGUGUGUAAAAUAAUUAUUUGUGUAUCAAGUGGAGUUUUUAAAAUAGUAUAAAAUCGUUAAAAUUCAUGAUUUGCGUGAACAAAAAUUUUUUCAUAUAGCAGUUUGAAAAUGUUUUCACAAAGAAAAAAAUUUCAUUUCUCAAAAUUAACUGAUGAGGAAAUUGAAGAACUCAAGUCUGAAUUGGUGGAUGGCACAGAUUCAGAAGACGAUUUCGCCGACGAUAAUGAUGAUUUGGAAGACCCAGACUUUCAAUUACCAAACGUAGACUUUGCUACAUUUCAAGAAGAAUGGGAUAGUGCAGAUAACAAUGAUUUUGAAAAUAUCUUUAGAAAUUCACAAAACCAUCCGGCAGAAGUGCAUAACAAUGUGGAACAGCCUGACGAGUCUUUACCAUCAAAACCUGGGAAAACAAAAACAAAACGGGCAAGAUCCCCCUACCAGAAACUGAAGCUGGUGAAAGUCCAGUAGUAUCCAACGCGGGGGGGUUUAGCGGAAAUAUAAGAGAUAUUUCCCUCCAAAAUCCAGAGUUCAGAAAAAUUUUAUGGAAAAAAAAAUUUCUUGAACUUGAAAAGAAUGAUGUAGUUUUUCAAGGAAACAAGGAAUUGCCGCAACAAUUCAAAGAAUUAACCACACCAUUCCGUUGCUUUAAUUAUUUUUUUAACGAUGACUUGCAAAAUGAAAUUGUGUAUCAGAGCAAUUUGUAUGCAAAACAGCAAGAUGUUUCUACAAACUUUACUUUGACAUCGUGUGAUUUAAAAAAAUAUAUCGGAAUUUUAAUUUAUAUGUCUGUGUACCGAUAUCCCAGUGUCGAGAGUUACUGGUCCAAACAUUCUUUCGAGCCAGUUAGAAACGCAAUGACUUCCAAACAGUUUUUUUUAAUCCGAAAAUAUCUUCAUUUCAAUGAUACCAAAAAAAUGAAAAAACCACAGGAAGCAGGAUUUGAUGAAUUGUAUAAAAUUCGUCCACUUAUUGAUAGACUCAAUAUGCGAUUUGAUUCUGUGCCAAAAACAGCUCGGUUGUGCAUUGAUGAACAAAUGUGUUCAACAAAAAUGUUGACAAAAUUUCGACAAUAUAUGCCCGCAAAGCCCCAUAAAUAUGGCAUUAAACUUUUUGUUCUUUGUGACUCGAAUGGCUUUUCGUACAGAUUUGAAGUAUACAAAGGAGCUGGCGAUAAUAAAGUAAUACCUAAUACUCCUGAUUUAGGAUCAACAGCCAAUGUAGUCAUAAGGUUGUCAAAUACAAUUCCAGAUUUCAAAAAUCAUAUAUUGUACUUUGAUAAUUUUUAUACCUCUCUGCCACUUCUUGUUUAUUUACGAAGCAGAGGAAUUUACGCAUUAGGAACCGUCCGAUCAAACAGAAUACCCAACUGCAAGCUGACAAGGGAAGUGGAAUUAAAAGAUAAAGAACGUGGAUACUCAGAGGAGUUUGUUGGCCGUGCCUUUGGAGUAGACAUAUCUUGUGUUCAAUGGAAGGAUACAAAAUAUGUACGACUGGUAUCCACGUAUGCUGGAAUUAAGCCAUUUAAAACACUAAACAACAAUUCACAACCCUUAAAAAUAUGCCGUUAUGAUCGGAAAAAUAAAUCAUACGUCGAUGUAGACUGUCCUAAUAUAAUUAAAGAAUAUAACCGCCAUAUGGGUGGUGUUGAUUUGAUGGACAGUUUACUUGGUCGCUAUCACAUCAGAGUUAAGACCAAAAAAUGGACUUUGCGUUUAUUUUAUCAUUUAAUUGAUAUGUCGAUAGUAAAUUCAUACCUCCUUUUUCAGCGUAUUCAUGGAAUUAACUGUAAAGAUAUUUAUCAUAAAAAAUUACCAAAUUUUCGUAUUGAAGUGGCUGAUGUACUUUGUCGUUAUGAGGAGACUAACGCCAAAAGAGCCGUCGGUAGACCUCAGAGCCAAAGUCCACAAAUACAAAAAUUUAAGAAAUCCUAUGAUCCACCAGCUGACAUUCGUUUUGAUGGAGUUGGACAUAUGCCUGACGUUUUGAGCCGCAGUGGCAAAAAAGUAUGCAAACUUCGGGGAUGUAAGUCCGAAACACAAAUGUAUUGUACUAAGUGUAAAUUAAAUCUGUGCCUCUCACACAAUAACAAAUGUUUUCAAAUUUAUCAUCAAAACAAUAAAAAGAACUGAAAAAAGUUUCAAUUAAAAUCAUCCACUAAUAAAAGUUUUUUAUUACGUUACCAGGCAGGUCCGCCUUUUGGCGGUCAACAUAAUUUCUCACCUGGAAGGUAAGCUUAGAUUUUUUUUUACCUUUUAACAUUGACAUAAGUUUUAUUUAGCCAAAAACUAUGAAAAGAAAAUUUUUUUUUAUCGAAAAAAAAUUGGCCGGUUAGAGGGUUAAGUG